AUGGCUGACACAGAACCGACACAGACCCCUCCACCAAACCCCGCAGUAGAGGGAGCGGAGGCCUCUAAGGGACCCUCCAAGAGCGAGCUGAAGAAACGCACAAAGGAGGCAGAGAAAGCGAAGAAGGCUGCUGAAAAGGCAGCAAAACAAGCCGAGCUCGAGGCGCAAAAGGCUGCCGCAGAAGUCGAUUUUGCGACCGAGUUCUAUGGCAAGCUCCCGCUGAACCAGUCCCAGAGCCGUCCGCGCCGCUCCCGCAUCCAGAUCGCGUCCCUCACGCCUGAACUCGAUGGUCAGCCGGUCCUCCUCCGUGCUCGAGUACAGACGUCGCGCAUGCAGGGCAGCAAGAUGGUCUUCUUCGUCCUGCGUCAGCGUAUCGACUCGGUACAGGCGCUUCUCACCGUCUCCGAGGGGAAAGUGAGCAAACAAAUGGCAAAGUGGGCGGGCGGCUUGGCGAUGGAGAGCAUUGUGCUCGUGGAGGGCACCGUCAAGAAGGCACCUGAAAUUAUAAAGAGCGCAACCGUCGGCAACGUCGAGAUCCACAUCUCGCAGAUUCACCUGAUUUCAGGGAUUGAAGGCAUUCUGCCUUUUAGCGUCGAAGAUGCUUCGCGCCCGGAACUUGAAGCUGAGGAAAGCGAGGAGGCGCAGUUCAAACGUGUGCUACUUGACACCCGUCUCAACAACCGUGUAGUGGACUUGCGGACAACAACCAAUCAAGCCGUUUUCAAGCUACAACAUGCCAUUGGCAACUUCUUCAGGGACUACCUUGAUGGCCAGGGAUUCACUGAGAUCCACAGUCCGAAACUCCAAGGUGCAGCAACCGAGUCUGGCGCAUCUGUUUUCAAGGUCAGCUAUUUCAAGGGCAACGCCUACCUCGCGCAAUCCCCCCAGCUCGCGAAGCAGAUGGCGAUCGCAGCCGACUUCGAGCGCGUCUACGAGAUCGGCCCCGUCUUCCGUGCGGAGGACUCGAACACCCACCGGCAUAUGACGGAGUUCAUUGGCCUCGAUCUCGAGAUGACGAUUGAGGAGCACUACCAUGAGGUUCUCGAGUUGCUCGACGGCCUCUUCCUCCACAUGUUCCGCAGCCUCCGACAGAAGUACUCGAAGGAGAUCGAAACGGUCAGGAAACAGUUCCCGGCCGACGAGUUCAAGUGGAGAGAGGGCCCUGAGGGCACGCUGAAGUUGAGCUUCAAGGAGGCGGUGGAUCUCCUGGUAGAGGACGGCGUACCGAGGGAGGCGCUCGAUGACAUUGACACUCCAAGCGAAAAGCGAUUGGGUCGGAUUGUCCGCGAGAAGUACGAGACCGACUACUUCAUCAUCGACAAGUUCCCUAUGGGGCUCCGGCCCUUCUACACAAUGCCCGACCCUGAAGACCCGACACUCUCGAACUCGUAUGACUUCUUCAUGCGAGGAGAAGAGAUCCUCUCGGGCGCACAACGUGUCCACGACGCAACCAUGCUCGCGGAGAAUAUGCGCGCUAAAGGGAUCGAUCCCGCGACCAUGAGCUUCUACUUGGAUGCAUUUAGGAUGGGAUGUCCUCCGCACGGUGGAGGCGGUAUUGGCCUGGAGCGGGUGCUCAUGUUGUUCUUGAAGCUGAACAACAUUCGGCGGGCGUCGCUCUUCCCGAGAGACCCGAAGCGACUAGAGCCGUGA